AACUUAUUCAUGAUGGUUUGGUAUAAAUAGAUCAAGAACUGGUCACAGUUAGUGGGACAACUUGGCUUAUCGGAUAUGGCAGGUCGGCCACAGUUUGCGCAACGAGUCAAACGGUGGAUGCACAAAUACAAAAUUGACUGCUAUUUUGAUUAUCUGCUUGGCAAUGAAUUCAAUUUUCACUCGGCCGAUGAAAAAUACACAGGUUGUCUCAUGAUGGGAAACUAUCAGAAACGCCGACUAGACCGAUCUCGCGCGGCUGAUGAAGCCGAAUCUGUCCAUCCGCCGGAAGAUAGCGAAACCCAUAAUAAACGUCGACGGGUUGUCGACAGACGACGGCGAAGGUCACUGUCCACGGAAGAAGUUCAAUCCAUAGUAGACGAUGAGGACGACAAUACAUUCAGUGAUACAGCGACAUCGCGAACGCACGAAUUUGAAAAGCAUCGUGGCCCUAUUGUAUUUGCGGGAAGCCGCAAACGCUUACGAGAAGUGGAUCCCUCAAACUUGCGAUUUAUGGAUAAUGUCCGUCGAGUGCAACAUAGUGCGAAAGAUGAGUCGGAACACCCUAUGGACGAUGAUAUGGAAGAAAGCGAUGCAGUGGCAAAUAGCGAUGAAGAACAACAAAUGGAGGCUGAGAGCACUAGCGGAAGUGUGCAAUUGGCAAAUUCACCGUCGGCCUCACCUGGGGAGAAUCAAGAUGAUGAAGAAGAUGAACUAGCUUCGUCCUCUGUAGGAUCGCCUGACGGCAGCAUCAUGUCCGAUUUUCACAGCGCAGAGGACGAGCUUAACUUGGAUAACCCAGUGGAAACGGAAGACGAUUCAUCAAUAGAACAUCCACCCCUUCACUCGGAAACCACCGCCGUGGAUUCAUCUUUUGCUCAACCUUCAUUAUUCCAUAAUCAAACAUCAACAAACGAAGCAGCGGCUGGUCCGUCCGUUUCCGAACCAUCAUUUUCCCUCGAUCUUGAUUCAUCCUCUGAAUCAAAAGAUUCUACCACUCUCUGCGCCAACUGCCACCAAGUCCCGAUGAUGAAAAAGGAGAUCCAACAACUCAAAGACCAUAUUGCACUAUUGGAGAAAAAGCUGCAGGAGCAACAAAAGGCUGCCAGCACCAAAGAAACGGAUCUGUCGCAACAACUUCAGGAACGGAACGAGAUGUGCGAGAAGUAUGAGCGUUGGAGAAAAGAUAUGGCCAAGCUUUUCCUACAAGAACCCUCUUUAACAUCAUCCCCGCCCAAAAACAAUCUGGAUGUGGAUACCUCCUAAUAUUUUCAUUACUAAUCUGUAACAUUACUGUAUUUUGUUGUAUUAUUGGAUUAUUUAUAAGAGACGUCAAACCCUACUUUGUCUCUAACACAAUUUCUUAGCAUUCAAUUCGCGAUCUCACAGUUGUAAAAAAAGACUCAUGAAUACAUAAUCAAAC